UCACUUUUGUUUAGUUUAUAGCACUUUUAGACUGAAUCUGUAAAAGCAAUGGAAAAUCAAAACUGUCUAUCUAUAUAAAUGUACCAGUGAAAUAAUAAAAAACACUAGAUACAGUUUCAUGCUUAAUGUAAAAGUAAAAAGGUAACAAUAUUGAAUUAAAAGAAAAAAAAAGCAACAAACACACACAUUUUUGUUGAUCUUAAUGGCAUUCAGGUUUACAAACAGUCUUUUACUACCCUGUUUUUCAGUCUCCGGUAUACUGGAGUACCAUAAAAUUAAAACGACAUUUUAAGAUACCAAUCCAACAUCCGUCAACUAAGGAAUUUACUCGAGUGGUGUUACCAUUAUGUAACAAUGGAAUCAGUAUAUGCCUAUGAAAUGAAGUGCAGUUGAAGGAUUACAAUAAAGUAAGAUGUUAAAAAGUUCUGCAUUGAUUAUCAAAGUAGCUUUUGUGUUUCUAUUUUUUACAAAUAUUAUAUUUUUUUCCGUUCUAGCCUGCUGUGAAACAAACAAGUGAAUUAAUUAGGAGAAUACAGUUACUGGAUAUCUACAGCUCUAGAACCAGAGGCAGCCUGAUAUAGAUAUAUUUAGGUUAUACACAUUAUGGCGGCUCAGCCAUCAAAAAGAUUGUAUUUUCUGACGACUCGUUAUCUUAUUAUCUUAGUAGAAAUUAACCAGAAAUAUUGCACAUUAUUUCAACGAUAUCCGUCAUGUGAAUUGAAAUUUCGAACCAUAUAAUGGUUAUGAUCACGAAAAGGUACAUUGAAGUAAAAACAAUAUAUCAAUGCACUUACCGGAUUUUUUUUAUACCGUUUUAAGUUGUCUAAUUAACCUAAAUAUGGCGACCAACUCAAAUUCGGAUAAAAAUCGCGAACUUAACAUUUUCAUAACUGGAGAAGACAACAAAGCAAAAUGCAAACUUGGAAGUAUAUUGACUUCGUCAGUAUACAGACUGUCCAAUCAUUCAAAUCCAAUUGUACGCUCUAUUUGGUCAUCAUAUCAGAAAAACACAAAACUAAAAGUAAUCGUAGCACCACUUUCAGACAGUACCAAGUACAACGACCUAUUAAAUAAUAUGAAGAGUUACCGACAUAGGUAUAUUCUGUAUGUAGUGAACAGUGUGAUAGAUAAGGCAGAGGAAACGAUGAAAAACAUUCUGCACCUCAAAUCGCACAUUGGAAAUUACAAAACUAGAUAUAUACCUGUCAUUUAUCGAGAUCAAGAGCGACUAAGUGAACCGGUGACGUAUCAAGAAGCAUGUUUCUUGCAGCAGUUUCCACACACACAUUUCCAUGCACCUCUCAUCUAUGAACGUUGCGACCAGAAAAUGUCACACAUGAUAUUGCUUGACUACAUAAAACAUGCAACUAACAGGAAAGAACCAUGUGCUUUUAGGGUGUACAAGUCUGAUAUGUAUUUGUGUUAUGACAUCUCCUAUGCAUUAGAAGUGUCUGCGCUCUCUGAACAUAAUGCUUCCGGUCCAUCCCACUCUACAUUUAUACCUUAUUCACCUUGCGACGCGCCUAACUCAACUAUAAAAUCAACAGUUUCUAGUGACCCAAUUAAGGAAGAUGAAACUGACUUAGAUAGUGAAAUAUGUGAUGAUGACAUGUUCAUAUUUGAUGAAGCGCUGGCCUUUGGUGUUACAAAAUCACACCAUGUACGCGUUAUGGUUGUUGGUCCAAAUGGCGGCGGAAAAACUACAUUAAUUAAACGGUUACAGCUGGAACGUACGUGUUGUGACGAUCGUCGCCAACCUACAGAAGGAAUCGAAAUUGCAAAAGCACACAUUCGAUGCAGACUGAUUGGUGAAAACCUCGAGUGGGAAGCUGAAAACGCAAACAUUGAUUUUAAGCGGAAAUUACUCGUACAAAAAGUAGCAGUUGCCAUGAAGAAUAUCGAGAUUAUCGAAUCAGGAACUGACGCUGAAUCCUCACUUGACACCAUUGACGAUCUUCCAAGUUUUGAUGGACAUGUCUCUCCAGAUGAUUGCAACCAAGAAAUGUUGAUGGUAGCGCUACUAGCCAAAGCACAUCUGAUGAGGUGCCCAGUGAGAAGGUAGACUUAGACGACAUAAAGCUAGUUGUAGAUGCUCUCUGGCAUCAAAAUCAUGAAAUGGAACCUUGGACGUAUUGCUCGUUCUGGGAUUUUGCUGGUCAUGCAGCCUAUUAUUCUACACAUCAGCUAUUCAUGGCAACGUCAGUUAUAUAUCUGCUAGUUGUAAACCUGAGCAAAGACUUCGAUUCUCCAAUAGAGCUCCUACCAGAUACAAAAGGAAUAGGAAUGUUUCAAAUGACAGAAUUAGAAUCUCUAAAAUUUUGGUUUGGAUCAAUUCAGCAACAUGUUACCGAUUCAGCAGUUAGCAUUUGUCUUGUAGCAACCCACAAGGACAAGAUUGUCGAGCCAGUGGUUAUUAGACGAAAGCUGGAAUACGUAUUCGGAGAAUUAAAUGUCAAACUACCAUAUUUUGUACUAGAUAAUACACAGUCUGAAGAAGAUGAUCUAAU